AUGCGUUACUCCCUGAUCUUUGCUGCGACCGGCCUCGUUGCCUCGGUCUCCGGGCACGGACUUGUCACCAAGGUGGUUGGCGCCAACGGUGUUGAGAUGCCUGGUCUAUCUGUGGCUGAUGGCACUCCUCGGGACUGUUCCAGCAACGGCUGCGGCUCUCAGGCCGACACUGCCAUCAUCCGAGACAGAGAGAUCUCCAGCGGCCAAUGCGGACCUUUGGGCCGGACCCAAGGCAAUGGACCUAUCGAUGCUUCUGUUAUGAUCAACAGCUUCAUGGGUGCUGGAGCCGCCCCUACCAACAACGGCACUGGUGUUGGUGUUGAAGACGACAUUCCCGCAAAUGUCGGUGCAUCCAACAAGGCCAGCAAGGCCAGCAAGGCCAGCAAGAACAACAAGGUACGCAGUGCCAAGUUGCGCAACCGACAGCUCCUCGCUGGCCUCCUCGGAGGUGGCGCCGGCGGCAGCAAUGCCAAGGGCGUUAAGUCAAGCACUCCCCAGGAGACCAUGGUUGCCGCCACCGCCGGCACGGGUGCGUCCGGAGGUCUGCCUACCGCGGCCGAUGAUGGCACCGUCGAGCUCCAGUUCCGCCAGAUCAACCAAGACGGCGCCGGUCCUCUUGAGGCCAUGGUUGAUGGCACUUCGGGCGGCACUGAGAUGUCCGCUUUCCAGGAGGCCGAAGUCACACAAGACGUUCCCGGCUUCAUCGCCGGCCUGUCGACGGCCACCAACACGGAUUUUGCCGUCAAGGUGGCGAUGCCUCAGGGUAUGACAUGCGAUGCCACCGUCGGCAACGCUCAGAACGUAUGCGUUGUCCGUGUCCGUAACAACACCCCGGCCGGCCCCUUCGGUGGCUCUGCUGCUUUCACCCAGACCGCUGCUGCCCGCAAGCGAGCCAUCACUUACCGCUUGAAGAAGCGUGCUGAGGAGGCUGCUGCUGCGGCUGCCCGCAAGUAA